AUGUCCUUCACUACGGAGGUUUGGAACGCCAAGCCAAACACCAUCGCGGCGGCAAAGAAGACGACAAUGCCAUCGUCGGCGCUGCCCCGGAAUGGCGAGCUGAGGGAGGAGGAUGACUGGACCAAGGUCAAGGACCCCAAGGAGAAGAAGCGAAUCCAGAACCGAGUGGCACAGCGCACAUACCGCCAUCGUAUGAAGGCCAGACUCGGUGAGCUGCAGGCUCGACUCGAGAGCCACGAGGGUCGCCGGCCCAGCGACGGUACCCCCGAACCGCUUCACACCCCGAACCACUUCACUCCCAAGUCCGAAGCCCUCCGCAUGGACAGCUCGCCCUCGCCCUCAAUCAUCGAUCACAGCCACCAGCAGCCUCUUCCCCAGCUGAUGGGCCAGCCGAACCUGUACGAGCAGCCCGUCGAGGACCCGGAGAACUCCAUCUUCCCCCAGCACGCCAUCGUCCACAGCCCCUCGACCUCGCAAGCCUCUCCCACAACCAACGGCCUCCUGUCUCCUCCCGUACACCCCGACCAGGCUCAGCAACAGGGCCAGGACGCCCAGGGCGGCAAGUACUUUGUGGAUUGCAUGCGAUUCCAGUCACAGCUGGUCAACCGGCUCAACAACAUCCCACAGGAGGCUCCCUUCCCUGGCGCCUAUCCUCACACACCCCAAGUUCACAGUAAGAAGACCGACCCUGAUUCCCAACUAGACUGCCAGGUGGCUAACAAGGAAACCGCUCCAGACCAGAUGAACGAGCAGAUGAACAUGCCUUAUGCUCCCGCGCCUGCCGACGGCAUGGACUUUGCCUUUGACCCCUCCGUCGAGAUGUGGAAGACCGAGACGCCCAUCAAGAUCCAGCACGCUUCUCCCGACAGCGCCUACUAUCAGACUCUCACCCCCCCAACCACCUCGACGUCCACAAUGGCUCCUCUGCCUACUCCCCCCAUCCGCGUCCCUGCCAAGGAAGCGCCUCUCGACGAGCGAUUCGAGUGCAUCAUGAACCAGGUAGAGGCCGCCGGAUUCGACAACUUUGACCAGGUGGCCACCACCUACUACUCGCAGACCUUCAAUGGCCAAUCGCCCAUGGCUGACGAGCAACGCCAGAGCCGCGGGCGCCGCCUCCCGCAGGUCCUCUCCGGUGUCUACGGCUCCAGCUCGCAGUGGAGCGAUUGGGAGCGCAAGGGCUUCCAGGAGGAGAUCCUCAAGACGGCCGAGUCCAUGCUCACCGUGGAGGGAGGCGAGGUCGCCCGCCAGCACCUCGGCAACAACAUCAACGCCCUGUCCGAUGCCAUCGAUGCCAACAACGCCGCUGCCUCGUCCGACGCUCUGCUCAACCUGAAGCGCGUUGUCCAGGAGCAGGCCCCAAACACCUGGUCCAUGUCAAUGGCCAUGGCCAGAGAGAACCGCUCUUCAUGGCAGGCCGACCGCUCCAACACGGCGCUCGCCACCACCCUCCUUCUCAACUAUGCCGGUCGCAUGCCCAACGACCAGCUCCUCCGCCUGGUUGGUGCGUGCCUGUAG